GUUUCGUUUGACAUCUAUUGUCGACCCACGACGGCAACACCGCCUUUCAGCGACAACAUAAAAAUCCAUGAUCUAAAGACCAACUUCUUUUCUCUUCUCUUUCCCCAAAUGGAUUCACCCUCGUCUUCACCGAAACCAUUGGGGAAACCGAACAUCCAGAGAUUCAUACGAAGAGUAAUUUCUCCGGCCAUCGUCGACAAAACAUGUCCCAUAUGCUUGAGAACCAUCGACGUUCCUGGAGCGGCGGUUCUCACCGUUUGUUUCCACGCUUACUGCUUGGACUGCAUCCACAAGUGGAGCGAUUUGAAGAGGAAUUGCCCUCUCUGCAAUUCCACCUUCGAUUCUUGGUUCUACAAAAUCGAUCUCUCCUCUCUAAGAUACCUCAAACAGCAGUUACCUGCUAUCUCCGACUGCAAAUCAGUUAUUCCACGACCAUGGUCCACCGUAGCUGAUCGUCGACGGAUCAUCGAAAGGACCAGAAGAGAAAUGAACGAUGUUAACCGGAGAACGAGACCGUUGCCUUGGCGGCGAUCUUUUGGGCGACCCGGGACUAUGUCGCCUCAUGUUAUCGCCGAAAGGAAGCUUCAAUGGCGUGCCAGUGUGUAUAACCGACGGCUGCAAGCUGUGCCUAUAUAUCAUGGUAAUGGUUUUCAGCAGAAUGUUCCUAGGAUUAGGAAUGAUUUUGAGAAAGAGAAACUACUGCGAAGAAUAGAACCAUGGAUUCAAAGGGAGCUUGAGGCUAUCCUCGGAGAUCCAGAUCCAUCAAUCAUUCUUCAUGUUGUGUCCUCGCUUCUCUUCUCUAGACAUGAAGGAAAGCAUGAUGGCUCUUCCGCCUCUUCGACACAGCUCAGUUUUGUCAACGACAACUUUCUUGCUCCUUUGGAACCUUUUUUGCACGACCGAACCAACAUGUUUUGGCAUGAACUCAGAUGCUUUGUGGAUAGUCCAUUUACCAUGGAAACUUAUGAUGCAGUAGCUGAGUAUAGACAGUUGAAGUAGCGGCACUUAGCCGAGUUGCAUACUAUUUUAACUGUUAUCUCGUCUACACACUAUAUCUGUGGCGUAAGAGAUCAGUUCCUUCAGAGCUUGUUAUCCUCAAUGGUCUGGUGAUGGCUGCACUAUCAGUUAAGCCAUCAGGUAAAAUGGCACAGCUUAGAGAUUGAAGGAUUUAAUCAAAUUCUGAAGCUAGGGUUUAACUGAUGAAAGAAAAAAUGUGCUCAGUACUAUCAAAUUGCUUGAAGUUGAGAGAUCCAAGAAGCAGGGCUUUGGUAGCCGUCGAAUAAGUAGAGCAGAGCAGAUUAAACAUGUCAGCCGGAGUUGCAAGCAAGCCAGGUGCCAACCAACAAAUUCUUGUAAUAGCCGUCAGAUAAGUAGAGCAGAUUAAACACGUCAGUUGACCGGCGCCGACCAACAGAUUCUUGUAAAUGUUUUGCUUGGAUCAUAUUAUGAUUUUAUAUAUUUGACGUUCCCUUGGGCAUGAAUUGUGCAAUGAUGAAAGUAAUUUAUACAAUUUAUCGGAAAAUAUGUAAAUUUGCUAUUUAAUGCAAUAGAUUGAAUUUGAAGAGCAGUUACAGAGUUUGUGACAACUUUCCAGAUCAUAAAUCUUACAAGCAUUGCAACAAAAUAGUACAUCUUGCAAGAACAAGUACCUUGGACAAAAGAAGCAGCAGUUUGAUCAAAUAUGCAAUCAUGAUUCUUCCUCUGGCUCUCCUUCUUCUUGAAGAAGGUUCUCUCUGUUAUCAUGUGCCCAAAACCCGCGCACAUCUAUGAGCAUGCUGGCCACAGUCCCACCCUGUUUACAAGCUAGGAGGUCAGCCAACGUAAUCCUCAAUGGAUCGGCUGGCUUUACCAUAUCCCAUAUUUCAUCCCGAACAUCUUCGAUACACAAUUCGUAGUUGCCCCCUUCAAUCCAUUUCUGGUGUACAUCUCUG